UGUUUGAAUAAAAAACUGGUAUUACUCGAAUCGAACGGGGAAGUCAUGGCCACAGGGACCACCACCAAGGAGCGCCUGGAGCGGCUGAUAAACGCCAAGAAGCAGCUGGAGGCGCAGAUCAGCAAAAACGGACAGAUCCUGGCCGCCAACGAUAAUGUCGGCAUGAGCGGACCACUGGUGGAUUCCGAGGGCUUUCCCCGCAACGACAUCGACAUUUACCAGGUGCGCCAGGCGCGCCAAACGAUCAUCUGCCUGCAGAACGACCACAAGGAGCUGAUGAACCAGAUCCAGACUCUGCUAAACCAAUACCACAGUGAGAUCGCCACCACAGAUCCGGAGUUGGUAAACCGCGCUUCCGCUUUGGAUUUGGACAGUGACCGAUCGCCAGGAGGAGCGAAUAUUGCGGACCUUGCACCAGCUCGCGCCAUUGUGGUGGUCAAUCUAGUCAGUCCCGAUUCACCCGCCGAGAAAGCUGGGCUUUGUGUGGGCGAUGCCAUCCUCCGUUUUGGCUCGAUUAAUAGCAACAACUUCAAGGGAGAUCUCGCCCAGAUUGGCGAGGUUGUGCGCAACAUGCAGAACCAGAAUGUCCAGCUGAAGGUGAAGCGCGCCGAGCAGCAGCUGGACUUAAUCCUGGUGCCAAAAACAUGGAGUGGACGCGGUCUCCUUGGCUGCAACAUCGUAUUGCCGCCCGAGGCCAUGGAGCACUGAUGUGUAGCUUAGCCAUUUAAGUUUUUUUUACGGAAUUGUCAGUGUACAUUUACUCUGCAUUUUAAUUAUUAGCUCAUGGCCAGGCCAGCACUGAACAUGUUUGCUCUGAA